UCCAGUGACGCUGAGUUCCUGGCCCACCUUCAGCCAUGAAGAUCAUUUACCUGCUCUUUGCUGUUGUCUUUCUGGUGCUCCAGGGUGUGCCAGAAUUCUCCAAGGCUCAGAAUCUCACCGUGAGAUGUAAAUUGCAAGGGGGUCAUUGUUUCUUUGGGAGUUGUCCUUCUAACCGGAGACGCAUUGGAAGAUGCUCUCCAAAUGGGUACUUUUGCUGUCAAAGGCGACUUAUUGACUGAUUGUCUAAGCAGGAUCUCCGGGAAUGUGGGAGACAGCCACUUGCUUCUAAAAUCAUCAGAUCCUGCUUCAAUGGAACCCUGAAGUGCUGUUUAUUUGGGCUGUAAAGAACCUAGUGAGCUGAAGAAAUUCCAGAAGGGAGCUUUGUAUCACCAUAUAAGUUUUGUUCCUCUCCUUUUAAUAAAAGCAAGUUGGUUUGAGGUAA